CUUAUUUUUUAUUAUGACAGAAAUAUCAUAUAGUCCAAUCAAAGCCUUGUCCGCAUCUUUGUUUGAUUCAUUAUAAAUGACAGGACAUCUUAUAUUUUUAGUUUUGAUGCAGUUGGAGAGUUUGUACCACUUGUUAUUUGAAUAGGCUAUAAAUACACCAAUUUGUUUUGUUCUAGUUUUUUCUUUCUUCUCUUCUAUUCAAUAUCUAAUUUAGUUAACAAUUUUCAAAUGUUACCUACUAUUUAUUCAGUAUCCUCGGAUAACAAUAUUGAUCUUGAAUCAUUAAGUGAUAGUGGCUCCUUUUCAUCCUCAAGCACUUCCUCUACUACUUUGGUGAUUCCUAAGAAAACCAAUAACAACGAUAAGAAAAAGCGCUAUCAAUGUAAAGAAUGUCACAAGAGUUUUAGUAGACCAAGUCAACUACAGACUCAUACAUAUACGCAUACUUCUGAAAAACCAUUUCAAUGUCUCAGUCCUAAUUGCGGUCGACGCUUUUCUGUCGUAUCAAACCUGAGACGUCAUUUAAAAGUUCACCAAAAGCCUCUGGUUCCAAAUACAUUGUCACCAGAAGAUAGAAUACGUUGCGUGCAACGUCUAAUGAAACAAUGUAGCAACACGUCUUCUAAGAAAAAAGAGCAGAAACAUCCAUAUUGUCCACAAGAGUCUAAUCGGCAAAGAGUGUUGUUUCCUUCUCUAUUACCAGCACCAUCGUAUCCACACCACAACCAAAGCAGAACAUAUAGUCCCAACUUACCUGCCAUUCGCCACAGUACAAGCAGUAGCUUUAGGUUUGAAUCAAUCUAUCCAGUUCAUGAUGUUCUCCAAGUCCCCUUCACAUCCACUUAUCAUGUCUAUGGCAAUCCUCAACAAUGGACAGAGCUAGGUGAUAUUUAAUUUCUUUUUUCCCUUCUCGCCUGCCUUAGUCAUGCUUUUUCUUGUUUUUCAAUCCGCAGUAAUUAUUAACAUAUGCUAUUGUUUAAAUUGUUUCAGUUCAUUUUUUCUUUUCCUUAUGUUUCCCUCUCUUUCUUUCAUUAUGAAUUUAUAUAGGCAAUAAAGAAAUGUAAACCUUAUUUCAAUAUUUUCAUUAUCCUUCAUUCAACCUUGCUAUUUACAUGUGAAUUUAAGCUUAUUUUAUGCUUUGAUACUUUUUUCCUAUUCGUGCAUUUUGAGGAACAAUCAAUAUCAAUUUCAACAACGAUUCGGUUGAGCUAUUCGUGUCAACAAACAUGAGUGCGGACAGAUAUAUGCCUGAAAUUUAAGCUUCCUCUAAUGUAACAUGAUAAAAAGUAACAUUGCUCUACGUUAAUAAAC